AUGGCAGAGGAUUUAUCUCGUGGUAAUCGAAAGGAUCCCGGUUGGAAAUAUAAUCACUUGAUCGAUCCUAAUGAUACCACGAGAGUUACUUGUAAUUUUUGCGGGAAAACAACUACAGGUGGAAUAAAUCGGGCAAAACAACAUCUAGUUGGGAAUUUCAGAAAUACAACAAAGUGUACCAAAUGUCCUCAUGAAGUUCGAGAAGAAUUGAAAGCUUACAUGGAGGAAAAGAAAGUAAGGAAAGAUAUUUAUGCUAGAGAGUAUCCUGAACAUGAUGAGUUUGAUCAUCAAGAUGUUGGUGAAGAGGAUGAAAUUCAGGAAAUCAUUCCUAAAAGAAAAGGUGGUGGGGGAAGCCUUCCUGGUGGCCUUAAUAAGAAAUUAGCUAAGGGUAAAGGAAAAGGCCCUAUGAAUGUAUAUUUGCAAAGUCAAGGCCAACUUAGGCAGACGGGUAUCAAAGAUUCAUAUGACAAAGAAGCAAGAGCAAUGGCUAUUCAAAAAGUUACUCGUUUCUUUUACGUUGCUGGCAUACCAUUCAAUGUUGCUCGUCUAAAAAGCUUUAAGGAGGCAAUUGAUGCUAUUGGAAGGUAUGGACCAAAUUUGAAGCCUCCCAGUUAUCAUGAAUUAAGGAUUCCAUUACUAAAUAAGGAGGUAGAGUUGACUAAUGAACUUUUAAAUCGACAUAGAGAAGAAUGGGUAAAGCAUGGAUGUUCCAUUAUGGCAGAUGAAUGGACUGAUAGGAAGCAAAGAACAUUAAUAAACUUUUUGGUGAAUUCUCCAUGUGGUACAGUGUUUAUGGAGUCCAUUGAUGCAUCUUCAUUUGUCAAAACUGGAGAGAAACUAUGUGAGCUACUUGAUAGAUAUGUGGAGCGUGUUGGAGAGCAAAACGUAGUUCAAGUUGUAAGUGAUAAUGGCAGCAACUUUAUAUUGGCCGGCCAACUCCUACAAACAAAGAGAAAACACAUAUACUGGACGCCUUGUGCCGCUCAUUGUAUAGAUCUUAUUUUAGAAGACAUAGGCAAGCUUCCAACUAUUACGAGAACCCUCAAAAGAGCAAUUGCAGUUGUUGGUUUCAUCUAUGGUCAUACAGGAGUCAUUAAUAUGAUGAGAGACUUCACAAAGAAAAAAGAAUUGGUGAAAUGUGGAAUUACUCGAUUUGCUACGAGUUUUCUAACUUUGCAGAGGUUGUAUAAUCAAAAGACUAAUUUGCGAACCAUGAUUACAUCUGAGCGUUGGGUGAAUAGUAAAUGGUCAAAAAAACCACAGGGAAAAGUUACAACUCAUACUAUAUUGAUGCCUGCAUUUUGGAAUCAAGUUGUUUAUAUACUGAAGAUAAUAGGACCUCUUUUUAAAGUCUUAAGAUUAGUUGACAAUGAGAAAAAGCCGGCUAUGGGAUAUACUUAUGAAGCUAUGGAUAGAGCUAAAGAAGCCAUCGCAAAAUCAUUUGAAGGGAAGUCUGCGAAGUACAAAGAUGUUUUUGAGAUCAUUGAUCAAAGAUGGGAAUGCCAAUUGCAUCAACCAUUACAUGCCGCUGGACAUUAUUUGAAUCCCGAGUAUUUCUAUCAAGAUCCAGCCAUUGAGAAUUGUAGAGAAGUAACGAAUGGACUAUAUGCUUGUAUUCAGAAACUGGUUCCAAGUAUUGAAGUUCAAGAUAAGAUUGUAUCUGAGUUACCAUUAUAUACAAGAGCUGAGGGACAAUUUGGACUUCCCAUGGCAAAAAGAUCAAGAGCAACGAGAUCUCCAGCUGAAUGGUGGAAUCUAUAUGGAAAUUCAGCCCCUCAUCUCCAAAAAUUAGCCAUUAGAAUCUUGAGCUUAACCGCUAGCUCAGCUGGUUGCGAGCGUAAUUGGAGUGUGUUUGAACAUAUCCAUAGCAAGAAGAGGAAUAGAUUAGAGCAUAAACGAUUGAAUGAUCUAGUGUAUGUCAAGUAUAAUCGUGCUCUAAGAACUCGCUUUGACUUGCGGAAUAUCAUUGAUCCAAUCUCAUUGGAUCAUAUUGAUCAUAGUAAUGAGUGGUUGGUUGGAGAAAUGGGGGUAAAUUUUGAAGCGGAAAAUGAAUUGGUGUUUGGGGGAGAUGAUGACUUAACUUGGGGCGAUGUGGCUAGAGCACCAGGAAGUGAAGAUGCACAAACAUACUCAUACUCAAUGAGACAAAGGAGACCAUCAAAAACUUUGGCAACCGGUUCUUCAAGCUCUCAAGUUCGACGUAUUAAUAUAGAUAUAGAUGAUGUUGAGUCUGAGGAAUCAGAGGAAGAAGAUAUUGAAGGCUAUAAUUCUAGCGAUACCAAUGAGAGUAAUCCUAUUGAAGAAGAAGAUGACAAUUUAGAUGCAUAUGAUAAUGCUAGUGAUUAG